GUGGUUUAAUGUCAACAACAUUGUGGAUUUGUCAAAUCAAAAGUUGUAUAUUUAUUUACACAAUUUAAGAUAAAUACAAACAAAUAAAUAAUUAUUUUAUACGAAAGUAUGAAAAAUGGCUGAACUUUAUAACAUUAAUGGUAUCUGCCGCUGCUGCCACAGUAAAAGUGCUUUUAAGAGCCUAAAUGAUACGUACUUUUACGAGGGACGAGAAGAGAUAUUUUUAAAUAUGUUGCAGCAAGCUUUUAGUAUAGACAUUAAGCCAGCAUCGGAGGCGACUGCAGCAUUUUCAAUAUGUGAAGUUUGUGUACCACGUCUGUGCGAUGCUUUUCUCUUCCAUCAGCAGGUUGUAGCAUGUGAACAGACAUUUUAUCAGUACUGUAAUACUCAUCACAAAGAUGUAUAUAACAAAGAUAUUAAGGUAGAAGUGAAUGAAGUAAGAAAUGAAGUCAAAGAAGAAUUUCAAUUCAAUCAAAACCAGGAUAGCUCAGAUCAAAAGUUUGAUGACGGUAAAUAAAAUAUUUAUAAG